ACUUUGAAUCUCCUUCCACUCUAUAUGGUCUUGUGUGCCUCGUUCGCCAACCAAAAUUCGCUUCUCAUCUCCUUCACUUCAUACUCAUUUUCUCCGCAUUCGUGUCUGUCACCAUCUGCUCCUAAAUCGAGUUCCUUCAAUCAGUUUUCUUUUUUGAGCCCUCCUCAGGAAUGACAACGCAAACUGAGAGUUCUCCGCGAGCUCCGAGUGCUCAAAUGAUUGGAGAUGCCUUUGUUGAGCAGUAUUACCAUAUUCUCCACCGUUCUCCUGAGCUGGUUUAUCGGUUUUACCAAGAUGCAAGUAUGUUGAGUCGACCGGAUCUUAAUGGUGACAUGAAAACUGUGACAACCAUGAAAUGCAUAAAUGACGAGAUAUGUAACUUAGACUACAAGAACAACAAGCCAGAGAUAAAAACUGCUGAUGCUCAGAGUUCUUUUAAGGAGGGUGUCAUAGUCCUUGUGACUGGGUGCUUGACUGGAAAGGACAACAUGAGAAGGAAAUUCACGCAAACAUUUUUCCUUGCUCCUCAAGACAAGGGAUACUAUGUUUUUAAUGAUGUUUUCAGAUACGUGGAUGAGAGUAAAUCAGAUGCUGUCUCAGAUGUGGCUACUGUAGCUGAUGACAUCCCAUCAAGUUCUUUGACACAACAUCCAGAGCCUGUGCAGGUGGUUGAUCUCCCCAAAGAAGAAAAUAUAACUUACACUGAGGGAACUAAGACUGUUAAGGAGAAAGUUAAUGACCUAGUGAUUGAAGAGAGAGUAUCUAGCCACCCUAGAGACAUUGUGGUGGAAGCUGAAUCUUGUUCAAAUGAGAAUCAUGCAUUAGCAGAAGAACCAAUUAUUUCUGCAUUCCACGAGGACGCUCCAAAAAAGUCAUAUGCUUCAAUAGUUAGUUCAAAAACAAAGGGACCUGCCAAAGUUUAUGUUCCUACUAAAGCAAGAGUAGCUUCUACAAAGACUGAGCAGCAAUCUAUUAUUCCUGCUGCGGAGGCUUCAGUUUCUGAAGCAUCAGAGAACCAUGCAACUGUUAAUGCCCCAGAAAUUGAUGAUGCCCGGGAUGAAGUUGAAGGUCAUUCCAUAUACAUCCGGAAUUUGCCUCUAUAUGUGACUGUUGCUCAACUUGAAACCGAAUUUGCAAAAUUUGGACCUAUCAAGCAGAAUGGGGUCCAAGUCCGCAGUAAAGAGCUACAAGGAUUCUGUUUUGGCUUUGUUGAGUUUCAAGAAUUCAGCUCCAUGCAAAGUGCAAUCAAGGCUUCUCCUAUAACUAUUGGGGACCAUCAAGCUACUGUGGAGAUAAAGAGAACUACGACUCGAGUAGGCAGCGCGAGGGGCCGUUUUAGUUCGUCCAGGGGAGGGUUUCGUAAUGAAAAUUUCAAGGGCCGUGGCAACUUCAGUGGUGGUCGGACCUAUGUGAGGAGUGAUAGCAUCAGGGGUCGAGGAAAUUUCAGCAGUGGGCGGAGUGGAGAAAGUUAUCACCAACAGGGAAGAGGACAAGGCAGCCGUCGCCUCAGUCCAAUUCAGAAUGUAGCUUCAGCGUAGAUUGAAUGUGAGAUAUAUGCCUGAAAUAUCAGAUGUUACUAGUCCUUUUGACUCAGAUUUAAUCAUAAAUCAAUUAUCUUCUUGAUUUGUUUGA